AUGAAUAAAAUCGAACUUGCAGACGAUGAAACAUUGAUAGAAAACGCCCUAUUUUCCGAUGUUAUCAAGGCUAUCUCUGAUAAAUUUAAAACAUUCAAAGGAAAAAUUAAAAUAGAUGGAGAGAUAGUCGAGGAAGGGAAUCACAGACAAUACAUGUCACUCCUCGGUUUCAAUGCCAAAACUUUUCACAAUAUCUUUUCAAAUAUGGACAAAAAAUCCGAUGCUUCCGAUUGGUAUUUUACAGGAAAAAUAAUUUUAAUGAAAGACAAUUUCCAAGAAAUAAAAAGAUCGAGAGUUGGCAGAGGAGGAACUGAUCUACUUAAAAAGAUAAAUGAAUACGAAGGCGAAAAUUGUUACAUACCUACAGAUGGUCACUGCUUUGUAAAGUGCGUUAAUCCUGUUUUAAACGAAGACUACACGAGAGAAUUUCAAGAAUACAUCAACGGGUUUUCAAAAGCAAAUAGAAAAGGAGUGAUGACUUGUGCUAGAAUGAAGGAAUUCAACAAGAAAUUUAACACUUUGUUUCAAAUUUAUAAUCCCAAAAACAGACAUUUUCAUCCCAGAGACGUUCACGAUGAAUUAGAUUGGGUUUUUUACUUACACAACUCGCAUUUCUGUCUGAUUAGAAGAAGCCAAAAAAGUUUGGGAAUUCAAGAAAUAGAAGACAAUUACGAACAGGUGUGGAAAAUGUGUACAGACGAUAACGCAGUAACACAGGUUUCACCCCUCAAACUAAACGUGCUUUCGAGUAUGAGUGAUGAUGCGUUAUUCGCUUGGGAUUGCGAAACGUAUUCAGAAAAAGACACGCGAAGAGCAAUUCCGUAUGCCUGCACUUUAAUUAAUUUAGACAAACUAAGAAAAAAGUUAGAAACGAUAAAAAAUAUCUUUCCUACUGAUAAUGUUCCAGAAGAAUUUUAUGAUAAACUAAUGAAUGUAGUAGAACUAUUUGUAGGUACAGAUUGUAUAGAUCAAAUGUUGAAAUAUUUAGGUCAAUAUGAUAGAAAGAGAUUAAUAUUAAUUUCUCAUAACGGUAGUGGAUUCGACAACUAG